CUUCGGUAUCAGUCCGCUUGAGGAGAGUCGGCAGCGCCUCUAAUACUCCUGCUCACGUUGUCGACUGCUGUGCUCAUUUUGAGCAUCAAUGGAGUCUCUGGACUUGGUGAACCCGUACCUGUUCAGGCACAAGCGGAGAAACUUUCUGACAGGUGGCAACAUGCUACCCAGCGACAUCGACGCUCUCCUGGACUUCGAGAUCCGCCCCACGGACAUCUUCAUCAUCACAUACCCAAAGUCAGGCACGGCGUGGAUGCAGCAGAUCCUGGUGGGGAUCAUGGACGCUGCCCAUCCGGAACGGGCGGAAGAUGCAGACAACAGGGCUCGAGUUCCCUUCAUAGAGGAGAGAGCCAAAGACGAUCCUUGCCGGGAGAGGCCAGAUCCUCGGUUUUUCGGCACACAUCUGCCGCCUGAUAUGCUUCCUCUUGGAGUCAGAGAAAAGCAAGUGAAGAUUGUGUACGUUUGGAGGAACCCCAAGGACGUGCUGGUGUCUUUGUACCACUUUGCUCAGAGCUGGGUUUUUCUGGAGACGCCUCGCAGCUUCGAGGAUUUCUUUCAGCAGUUCCUGGACGGCGAUGUGUACAUGGGAUCAUGGUUCGACCACCUCAGAGAAUAUAUCUCUGCACGAGACCAACUGAACAUCCACUUCGUGAACUACGAGAGCAUGUUGAAGGACCUCAAAGGGGAAGUUCUGAAGAUUUGUGCUUUCCUGGGGAGAGAUUUGACGGAUGAAGCCAUCGAUCACAUCGUGGAAAAGUCCACCUUUACCAACAUGAAGAGGAACCCCAAAGCAAACUACAAAGACCAUGACGUGGACUACAAGCAGACCACCAUGCGCAAAGGCACGGCAGGUGAGUGGAAGAACUUCUUCACGGUGGCCCAGAAUGAGCAGUUUGAUCGACUCUUCCAAGAAAAAAUGACCGGCUUUCCUUUGACCUGCGUUUGGGAAAUCCAGCCAUAGAUCAAGACCCUCAUUUCACUCCUCUCUUAUCCAGUGUGACAUUGUGAACUGGCCAGGCGUUUUCACUUGAAAUGUUGUGUCACUGGGGUCUUCGGCAAUAAACCACGCGUCUUCAGAGCAUUUUAAAGUAAACGUAGAAAUUUGAAGCGGCACUGCAUUGCAUGGAGCGAUUUUCACCAAAU